CAGAAUCCAUAGUUAUGCUGUCAUUUAGUCAGUUUAUCAGUCGACAAAAAAUUAGGAGGCUUGCAAUGAUGCAACCAUUGGCCUUAAUGCCCUGAAAUUGUCUGAGAGCUGGAUUGUUAGGAAAGUUACUGACUCCACACUAGCAGUUUUUUGCAGCAUUAACAUUGUUCCUGCUCUUUUUCCUUUUUUUUAACCCUCUGCUUUUCAUGCAUGAUUAUUUUCUGACUACAGUGGGAUGAAUCUGCGGCAAAAGAUUUUGAUUCCUUUAGUAGGAAUGGUCUUGGCCAUUUAUUUUUAUUCAGGAAAGGAAGAGUUUAAACCUGAAAUGUUGAAAGAGAAGAGAGUGAUUGUUACCGGGGCUAGCACUGGAAUUGGUGAGCAGAUAGCAUACCACCUAGCCCAGAUGGGUUCUCAUCUCCUGAUUACUGCACGGACAGAAGCCCGGCUCCAGCAAGUGGUUGCUCAUUGUUUAGAGUUGGGUGCAGCAUCUGCCAGGUACAUUAAUGGCAGUAUGGAAGAUAUGAACUUUGCUCAAGCAGUGGUGAAGAAAGCAGAGGAAUUAUGGGGAGGUCUAGAUAUGCUGAUUCUGAAUCAUAUUGGCAAGUCCUACUUCCAUUAUUUCAAUAGGGACAUUGAACAUGUGCAAAAACUUCUGAACAUCAAUUUCCUAAGCUAUGCAACGAUGUCAGUUUCAGCUCUUCCCAUGCUUAAGAGCAGUGGAGGAAGCAUAGUAGUUGUUUCAUCUUUGGCAGGCAAAAUUGGCUUCCCAUGGACUGUUCCUUAUUCUUCAACAAAGUUUGCACUAGAGGGAUUUUUCAACUCUUUGAGGCAAGAAUUUGUUAUGCAGAACAUCAAUGUUUCCAUCACACUCUGCAUCCUUGGACUCAUCAACACAGAAUCUGCCAUGAAAGCGGUAUCUGGUAUAUACCCUAUUCCACCUGCUCCAAAAGAAGAAUGUGCAUUAGAAAUCAUUAAAGGGGGCAUCCUGCGUCAGCGGGAGAUUUAUUAUAAAUAUAUGUUUACAAAGAUCCCUACACUUUUCCGAGACUGGGCUCCAGAACUCAUGGAUUAUUUCAUUCGGAAAUCUUUUAAUGUGGACAAUCUAAACCAAGAUUAAUCAUAAUCUGUCUGUUCACUGCCUCUGCAUUUUUCUUUUCUGAAAAUGCGAGUUAGAGUUUUCAAACUUGGCAACUGUGUGGGAAUUGAAGUCUUCAGAACUUAAAUUUACCAAGUUCGGAAAAAAACAUUAAUACGAGAAUACAAGAAUAUUUGUAGUUCAGGUUUGAACUGUAGGGUGCUGGGUGCUUGGUGCUCUCUGAACUUGUUUAUUUCCUUGCAGACAUUUUAUUAUCAAACUGACCUUGAGAUUCACUAUAGACCCCAAAUCCAGUUCUGUGUCUUGGGAUUUAAGACUGUCAAUUAUUGCAAUAUAGAUAUUUAUAUUCUGGAACAGGACAACAUAGGUAAAUGGGAUAUCUUAGAAAAACUCAGGUUAAUGAUAAAUAUUUUGUAUGCUGUUAAACUUCAUCCAGAUGAUUGUUUCACUUAAUCUACAUUCAGAACAAAACAUGAUGUAAAGCAAAAAUUAGAGCAAAAAAGCUUGUAACACAGUGCUGAGUUUCAUAGUUUUGAAUCAAUUCCUUAUGUAGAUUUCUCACACAGAGAGGAAUAAGUGCAAGAUACCCUCUGGCUUGGACUGAUAGGAGGCACUUGACACAUCUAGAAUUAAACAUUGGGUUUAAAAAGUAUAUUUUAAAAAAUGUUCAAAAUUUUAAAAUUAUUUCAAAAAAAAAUAGUU